UGCAAAGCUGGAUGUCUGAACAGUGCUGACUUCAUAAUGUGUGUGAUUGUGCAUCAUGUGUGUACAGGUAAGCUAUGUUUGUUCGUUAUAAUCCAACUUCUACUUUUUGUAAAUUACAUGCAACAAAACUUGAUGCAUCUGUACAGAGGCCGCAGUUUUUACCGCCAACAAAAGAAAACACUUCAUUGUUUUAACUGAGCGAGGCACGAAUAUGUUUCCCUAUCUUUGCAUUUUCCCGGAUGACCUGUGUGCCCGGUCACAGAUGAAUUACCACUUUGUUUAUUAGGAAAAAAAGGUGUUACCAAACUGCGUCCUUCUAAAGAAUACAUGCAGUACCCCAUUCUCAAUACAUUUCAUGCAUUAUGCCAUUCCGAAAGCUGAGCUAAUCACGGUGAGUGUGAUGACAACAUCACAAUUCCUACGAUCCAUGCAUUUAUAUCUUUAGUUCACAAAGCAAUAUUUUACAUUAGGAAUGCUCCACAAAAUUGCAUUGAUUAGACUGUACUUACUUUUUGCGAUCGAUUCAAUAAUUUCCCGAAGCUUUAACAACCUUGUGGUUUCUUCAUGCCUGCUACAACGUGUGCUGUGUCGUUUGCCUUUUCUUAAACUGCUCCUGACGUGUUUGAUCCAAGCUCCAUUCAAUUAGUAUUCAAUUGGUAGUCAACAAAAAAAAAUGUUGUUACAUGACAUGUUUGUGUUUGUGACCCACUGAUCUUCUCUAGGUGCAACGAUGACGUCGAAUGUAACAUCUGCUACCAUGACGGACUGUCCCAGUGGGCCUGGGAUGUUUUUGCCCUUUUUAUAUUGUAUAAUUUUUCCUUUCGGUGUUGCGCUCAAUAGCAUAGCGGUAUGGAUCUCACUGCACGUCCGCUCCACCUCCACCUUCAUGGUGUACCUGGGGAACCUGGUGUUGUCUGACAUGGUUGUGACUCUGCUGAUCCCCUUCGAGGUCUUUCAGGAUCUCAACACUGUGUCGGCUGUGUUCCAUAUGUUUUCCUGUCGUUUCCUAAAGCCCAUGAAAUACACAUGCAUGUACGUGAGUAUCUCUGUGUUGGGCCUCAUCAGUGUAGACCGCUUCUUCAAGAUCGUCCAGCCCCGCGGUCAGAUGUUGUGCCAGAACCUCCUCUUUGGGAGAUGGGUCUCUGCCAUCGUCUGGGUGUUCAUGAUCACCACCACGGGGUUACCCAACAUGGUUUUAACCGACCGUUACCCCAACACAUCAUCCGCCGCGGGCAGCUGCAUGGUCUUCAAAGGGGAACCGGGUAUCAGGGUCCAUGAAGUGGUCACUAUCUCUCUCAACCUGUUUUUCUGGCUGGUCUGUGUGCUGGUCGUUGUAUGCUACAUGUGCAUCGCCCAGACGGUCAUCCAGUCCUUCCGCAAGUCGGGAAGCAGCAACAGCCAGGCCAAGCAGACGACCAAGCUGCGCGUCUUCCUGGUCCUCUUGGUGUUCCUGGUGAGCUUCGGGCCAUACCACGUGGUCCGAGUCCCGUACACCUUCCAGCAGACCAAAUCGAACGGCUCCUGCAGUGACCCUUUGAGCCGCUACGCCAAGGAGCUGGGUCUGUUGUUCGCCACCGUCAACGUCUGCCUGGAUCCCAUCGUGUACUUCUUCCUGUGCAGAGAGUAUAACGAGAAGCUCACGGCCAUGAUUACAGACGCAGGGAAUGCGUGGAGGAGACCUCGAGCGUGGGGUAAAUCAUAAAGGCCAACCUGAGACCUGUGACCUGUUUGUUUUUGCUUCUCCGGUGAGCAGAAGGCUGAUAACUAGGCAUGUGUGGUUUGACUUUUGUGUUUUUUUGUUGAACUAUCUAGGUCUAACUUCCUUUGUGUCUCUUGGUACCCGUUUAUUAACUGGUAUGCAUGUGUAUUCUUUGUUAGUAGCGGCCACAACAGUUCUGAAGUGGUCGCUUGCUUCCUGUUCCACUGCAACACAAAACAAUAACAUAAACCCGUUCUCACGGUACUGCCUUGCUGUGUCAUUUUCCUGGUGAAGAUCAGUAGAAUAGUCUUGCUAGUCACUGGUUACUUGGUUACUUGAUUCAAGUUUAUGAGUUGGUACAUGUACAAACUCUUGGGAAAUAUUUGUCGGGGAGGCGUUGUUAAACAAUAAAGUAGAAGAUGUAUACUUAAGGAUAUUUGACUAAAAUAUAUGCUAAACAUGUAUAAUAGCACUGAGGUAUACAAGCA